AUGAGUUCCUUCCUAGUUCCCUUUCUCUUCUUCUCCUUGUUAGUCUCCUCCGUUUUCUCAGACCAGGCGGCGUUCAGCUCCCACCUUCUUCCCAGGCCUCUGAUCCUCGAGUACCCAGAAAACUCCGUCGAAACCCUGCAAACCCAGUUGAGGCAAUUCGACGCCGACGAGCUCACUCUGCAGUGUACUAGCUGGAGGGUCGCCGGAGAGGCCAACAAUUUGAAUCCUUGGAAGACUAUCCCCGACGAGUGCCUUGAGUACGUGAGAGGUUACGUCAACGGCAAGGGAUACCUCGUCGAUCUCCAGAGGGUCGCUGAUGAGGCCGUCGCGUAUGCCAAGGGUUUGCAGCUCCAGGGAGAUGGGAAAGAUGUUUGGGUGUUUGACAUUGACGAGACUUUGCUCUCCAAUCUUCCCUAUUAUAAGGACCAUGGUUAUGGAGCGGAGGUGUUUAAUCCGGUAGAUUUCGAUAUGUGGGUUGAUAAGGCUACAGCACCCGCACUUGAAGCCAGUCUGAAACUGUAUCAGCAGCUUCUGGAUAUGGGCUUCAAGAUCAUUCUUCUGACCGGACGCAGUGAGGCGCAAAGGGCUGUUACAGAACAAAACUUGAGGAGUGCAGGGUUCCAGAGUUGGGACAGACUCAUCUUGAGAGCCACUGAAGACCAUGGGAAGCUGGCAGCAACCUACAAAUCAGAGAAGAGAGAUGAGAUGUUGGAAGCUGGGUAUAGGAUCCUUGGAAACUCAGGAGACCAGUGGAGCGAUUUGUUAGGCUGGCCAAUGUCGACCCGUUCAUUCAAACUUCCAAACCCAAUGUACUAUAUCUCCUAA